ACCAAGAAUUAACCUUCAAUUGGUUAAAUUGUUUGAUCAGAUUGUAAUGAAAUUGGCCAACCAACAGACAAUUCAAAUAAUAGACUUAAACAGGCAAAUGGUUUGUUCAAAAUGGUUAAAAUUAUGGGUUAAAUGCAUAACAAUCCUAAUGAAACCAGUGUAUAUUGAUGUGUCUUUUAUUACAAUGAAAACAACUGAUUUUAUGCUUGUUGAUUUUUAAUUGUAAUAUCGAUGGCAAUGACUGAUUAAUCAGAAUUGAUAAAUCAUCACGUUUUCGGUGAAAACUGAAUGUUAGACAUUCCAUCUCUUCAUUUACUGUCUACUGUUUCUCUGUCUAUCAAUCUCUCUCUCUCUCUCUUCCAUUAUCAUCUUCUCCACCUUCACCACCUCCUACCUCCUUACAUAUUUAAUCAUAUUUGAUUUAAUUAUGAGCAUGAAAACUCCUCUUCAACUAAUCAACAUCCCACCCAUUCCGACUAUCUCAACCUUACCCGAUUUAUCAACAAUUAUCAGGCAAAUUGCUCUCUCUCUCUCUUCCCUGCUCUUUAUUAUUAGACAAAAAAAGUGAAAUAUCAAUGAUAAUAUUGUCGACUGAAUCUUCAUGACGUCCACUGAGUAAGUGAAUUGAGAAACAAAUGAAGAGGAUGAAAGAUAUUCGGAAAUGAUAAUUGGUAAACCAGAAAAACAUAUGAUGACAAUUUUGAGACAACAAGUUGCUUAGGAGAAAGUAUAACAAUGAUGAUCAGGAUGAGAGAGAGAUGAUGAUGGAAAUGAUGAAGAUGAUGAUCAUGAUAAACGAAAUAAUUUCAGUAUAUAAAUAUUUAUUAUAAUCAACUUUGUUUUCCCUCGUAAACAUCAUUUCUGAUCGUUCAGUGCCGCAAGCAACAACACUUACUUACAGUGAUUUUUACAAGAUAUUCAAGUUGUAUUUUCAUUGAAAUCAAUUUUCAUCUUUAAUCAGCUAACCAUUUGUGUGGUAAAUCAUUUAAAUUACCUGUCAUCAUCAACUUACUGGAACGUGCUUUUAAUCAACGCCACAACAAUCAUUCAGUCAAUAAUCAAGUUCAUUUUAAUUAACUGUCUGUAAAAUCAACACAAGAUUAAGUUUACUGCAGUUACUCUUGUUUUUUGCCAGUCUUUUUACUGCCAACUUUAUCCUCAACAAUUUCCUUCAUCGUUCUCUUGAAACUCGUUCCAAUGUUCUAAGGACGUUGAAACUGGUCGUAUGUUAACCCAAAGACUGAACAAAGUGGCGAACAACGAACUGAAACAUCCCUGAUAAGUAAAACACAAAGACAGUAAUUAAACGGGAAAUCAAAUCUUUGUUGGAAGUGAAAGUUGACGAUUUAAACGCAACAAAUACCAAGAUGACUGAUAUAAUUGGACAAGCAGAAUCAGCUAUUCAUAAACCAGUUAAAAAGAAAGGACGAAUCAAUAGGAUGAGAAAAGUUCCAUGUUUAGGAAUCUUUUUCGCCAUUCUUUAUGCAUUCUUCAUGUCAACAGCAGUUACUGCAGUUAAACUUAUAAAGAUUCAUCCUGUUGAAGUGCUCGCCUUAAGAUCAGCCGUCCAAGCCAUAUUUUUUGGUGCAGUUUCACUGUACAAUAAAAGAUCCUUUCUGGGUGCGCCUCAAGAGAAAUGGUCACUCCUGGGUCGGGCUAUUUCUGGUGCUGUCAAUCAGGGUUGCUGGUACACCUCUGUCCGUUUAAUAUCAUUAACAGAUUCUUCGGCUGUUUAUUACAGUGCACCUGUUUUUGUUGCUUUGUUAGCAUACAUUUUUCUUAAAGAACCUUUUGGCUUUUUUGAAGUCAUUUCCAUUGUGGUGACAAUCGCUGGAGUCAUAACCAUUUCUAAGCCUUCUUUUAUUCCUAUUUUUGGCAACCAAACUGAAUCUCUUAAAGGUGAACACAUGGAGGGUCUACUUUACGCCCUUGGUGGAGCCUUAACCUUUGCGUGUUCCAAUAUUUUUCUUCGUAAAUUACAGAAGACAUCAACGGAAAUAACCAGCUUCUGGUUCUCCAUGGCAUGUAUUAUCCUUGGUGUCAUUACAGUUGCAUGGUCUGAGACUUUUACCCUUCCUAGAGGUUUCUUUGAAUGGUUCAUCAUUUUAGCUUCUGGAAUCUCAGGAGUCUUGGGCAACAUUUGUUUUGUGACUGCUCUCAAAAUUGAAAAGGCUGGACCUGUUUCGGUAGCACAAACAUGCAACAUUGUUAUCGUCCUUAUUUAUCAAAUUGCCUUCUUUAAAGAACCUCCAUCAGCCAAUACUUUUAUUGGUGCCUUCCUCAUAGCCUCAUCAGUAGCAAUGACUGGAUUGAAAGAUGUCUUCAAGGAAACACAAUUUUUGACCAAUUUAAAAAAUUUUGCCUCAAACACAGUGUCAUAUCAAGUGGACAGUAAACUCACAGGCAAACCAGCAACACAAUCAGUGGCCGGUAAAUACAUGCCUUACAAUAAGGAAGAGAUGUGAUUGGAGUCAAGUAAACACCAUUUGUAAAUACUGUACAUAAAGUCAAGUAUUAAAAAAAAGUUAAUCGAAGUUUAAUCCAUUGGAAUUGACAAAAAUUUCACCCGCGCGGGGAUUCGAACCCCGGACCUUUGGAUUAGAAGUCCAACACGCUAUCCACUGCGCUACGUGGGCCGAUUUCCAGAGGUUGUACUAAUGCACGAACCAAAACGUGUUGUAAAUGCCUUUACUUGGGGCGAAACUCCUGCAUCUUGUUUACUUGUAAACAUUAAUCAUAAAUAUAUAAAUAAACAAGGGCAACGCAAGGGAAUACAGUUUGUUUAACGUCUGUUAGUUAAUUAGCUUUUUUUGUAUCAUUUGACAAAUAAAUAUUUUUGGAUUCCGAAAUAACAAUAA